AGGUACCAGCGUUUAAAAAUUAUACACUUCCGGACAUGUGGAAAAAUGGAAAGUUUACCAGUAGAGAUAAAAUUUGCCCAAAAUCUUGCUGGAAAUGAGACAAAAACUCGCCUUAAAGCAGUAAAAAAAUUGAAAAAGUAUUUAAAAGUAAAAUCUGCUUCCAAGAAAGAUGGUUUUAGUUGUGAAGAUUUCCUCAAGCUAUGGAAGGGGUUGCACUACUGCAUGUGGAUGCAAGACAAACCCCUGUUACAGGAAGAACUGAGCACAACGCUAACCAACUUGGUACAUGAUUUGUCCACACACGAGGCCCAGAUGAUGUUUAUAAAGGUUUUCUUUAUCACUGAGGCCCGGGAAUGGAGCAGCAUUGAUAUCUGGAGACUUGACAAGUUUAUGAUGAUGGUGAGGAACAUGUUGUAUGAAUCGUUAAUGGUAAUGAAGAAACUGAAAUGGCACAGAAACAAGCUUGAGGGGCUCACACAGAUGUUUUACGACACUGUUAUGAAUCCGGAGUCAGAUACCAUACCUGAUGGGCUAAAGAUACAUUUCUGUGACAUUUACCUGGAGGAAGUAGAGAAAGCAGGUGACAGUCAGUUGACUGGUUCCCAGUUGCUCCAGUUACUGGAUCCCUUUAUCAGGUUUAUGCAGAAAGCAAAAAAUGCAACGUUGCUGAAGAGGGUGGUAUCUUGUGUAUUUGAUCCAGUUGUUACAAGAAUUGCUGAUGAAGUAUGGAUGCAGCAGACGCAAAAUGCAGAGAGUGAUGAUACUGAAGAAGCAGAGGAUAUUCCAUUCUUGACUUUAAAGUUUGACGGCAAGUUGAUAUCUGAUCACAUAUUUCGUGUCAGUCAAGAAGAUGACGUAUUAAGUAGAAACAGACCAAUGUUGUAUGGAAUAGUCAAGAAGUUACAGGACAUACAAGAAGGUGUUUUACCUCAAGAGAAGGAAAUUAACAUAUCCGAAGGAGUUACAGGCCAUGAAGUACGACAGGCAGUCAAUACCUUGAUGAACUUAGAUGGAAAGAAAGACAGGAAAAAGAAGAAUAGAAAGAAAAAGAACAAAACAGAAAAACACACUGGUAAGAUCCAUUUCAUUUAACAUCGUAAGACUUUAGGAUAAAGUUAAAAUUGCACUGCAUUAUUACAAAUUUGUUUAAUAACCAGAGUCUUUAAACAAAGAUCCAAGAUCCAUUUCAUUUCUGUAGA